UCCAAGCCCACUUGGGGAUGCUGGAAUAUUCGGGUUCCAGGCACCGCAGCGAGGCGCUCAGGCCCCCCUGCCAAAGGGACAGAGGGAUGGGUGGCUCUCUCUAACAAAAACCAGGCACUCCUCGAGCUUUAGCCCAGUCUGGGAUUGCCUUGAGACCUCUCCAUCUCCGAACUCCUCCACCCUGGGAAAGGAUGGGAAGGCUUCCUGCCUUUAUGCUCCCGGCUACCACAAGCCCGCUGGGACCAGGGUCAGGGGGGCCCUUUCUCUGCUGGGCGGGGAGGGGUCCUGCCCCCACUGCAGCCCUGGGGCCCGGGCUGGGAGGGCGGCAGCCAGGAGAGGGGGGCUGUAGCGGGCCCGGGCUGCAGUGACUCCUCCUAGAGGCGGUAUGUGCGGAGCGGGAGGAAACCCCUGCCGCCCCCCUCACCAGCAGCCGCCAUCGCCAUUGAAACAUACAAUACGGGGAGAGCGGCUGAGGCGGAGCCGAGAAGGGAAAGGGGGAGGAAAGGGGAGGGGGGGCAAGGAGAGGAGGAAAAGAGGGGGAGGAAAAAGAGGAAGGGAAGACAAGAAGGAGGAGGCGGCGGCGGCGGGCGCCGGCAGCCCUCAGAUUUGGAACAAAGCACUGAGACCCACCAGCAAACUGCGAAGCACGAGGCUGCAAGAUGUCGGGGCGGAGCGGGAAGAAGAAGAUGUCCAAGCUGUCGCGCUCGAGCAGGGCCGGGGUGAUCUUCCCCGUGGGGAGGAUGAUGCGCUACCUGAAGAAGGGCACCUACAAGUACCGCAUCGGCGUCGGGGCGCCCGUCUACAUGGCAGCUGUCAUCGAGUACCUGGCAGCUGAAAUCCUGGAGCUGGCAGGAAAUGCAGCGCGGGACAACAAGAAGGGAAGGAUUGCCCCCAGACACAUCCUCCUGGCAGUUGCAAACGAUGAGGAGCUGAAUCAGCUGCUCAAAGGUGUGACUAUUGCAAGUGGAGGUGUCCUGCCCAGAAUUCAGCCUGAGCUUCUAGCCAAGAAACGGGGUGCCAAAGGCAAAUCUGAGACCAUCCUUUCCCCUGCUCCUGAGAAGAAGGGGAGGAAAUCCAUGGUGACCAAAAAGAGUGGGAAGAAGGCAAAGUCUACCAAGGCCCGGACGUCCAAAAAGAACAAACAAAAGGACAAUGAAAAAGAAGGAGCUUCAAAUUCAACAACUGAAGAUGGACCUGGGGAUGGUUUCACUAUCUUGUCCUCCAAGAGCCUUGUGCCAGGACAGAAGCUCUCUCUGACACAGAGUGACAUCAGCCAUAUUGGCUCCAUGAAAGUGGAAGGCAUUGUUCACCCUACGACUGCUGAAAUAGACCUCAAGGAGGAAAUAGGCAAGGCACUGGAAAAGGCUGGAGGCAAAGAGUUUUUGGAAACAGUGAAAGAGCUUCGCAAAUCUCAAGGACCUUUGGAAGUAGCUGAAGCUGCACUCACUCAGUCUAGCGGCCUAGCAGCAAAGUUUGUCAUCCACUGUCACAUCCCACAGUGGGGCUCGGACAAGUGUGAAGAGCAGCUCGAGGAGACUGUCAAGAACUGCUUAACAGCUGCAGAAGACAAGAAGUUGAAGUCUGUGGCUUUCCCCCCGUUCCCCAGCGGCAGAAACUGCUUCCCAAAGCAGACGGCAGCCCAGGUGACCCUCAGAGCAAUUUCCACCCAUUUUGAUGGCACCAGCUCUUCCUCCUUGAAGAACAUUUACUUUCUGCUCUUCGACAGUGAAAGCAUUGGCAUCUAUGUGCAAGAAAUGGCCAAGCUAGACACGAAGUAGCAACGGCAGCCAAAUGAAACUUUAUUUUUCAACAAACUUGAGUAGCAUUAAAAGCAUUAGAGGUGGGUUUUAUUUUUUCAAUGUGACAAUGAGGGGGAGUGGUAGUAGUGUGAUGUGUUGUGACUCGAUGGAGAGCUGUGAUUAGAGAUGAGAGGGGUUUAGUCUGAUUUCUUCAUGCCAUUUUUAUCACCUUAAGCAACUGAAUUAUCAUCUGGCUUCAGGAGUUUAGUGUCCUUUGUUACUUUAGUUUAGAGGUUUUUAAAGAGUAACCUCAUUUUAGAUUUGUAGUGAUGAUUUCUUCACACACACACACAUGCCACUUUCAAGAAAGCUCUUAAAAAUGUUCUGCUCCUUUUUCCCCUCCCUUGAGGGUAGAUGGUAAACUUCUGCCUUCAGCCCAUAGAGAGGUGAAAAGGGUUUUAGAAGUGAUGCAUGAGGAGCUUCUGUUUUGCUUUUAACUCACAAUAACCUCUGUAAUUACUGAGAAUAUUUCAUGGUGAUUUUGUUUGUUUUAUAAGAAAAAAAGAAAAA